AAAUUUUAUUAGACCAAAAUUUUUGGAUCAUAGUGUUGUAACCUCUUUCUCUUUGGUUGAGGAAUGCUUGUCACCUACUCCUCUUAAAAAGCUUAAGUUCCCACUCCCACUCUACUUCUCUUCUUCAACUUUUUCUCCUAAAAUUUGCUAAUCUUUGUUCUGCUCUGUUAUAGUUAUGGAGAAGCAUAAAUGCAAGCUAUGUUCAAAAAAACUCUUAAAUGGAAAAGCUUUAGGUGGUCAUAUGAGGUCUCAUUUAAUACCUCUACCACUUCCACCUAAAACUCCGCCGUUAAAUCCAGAUUCCGGCGGCCGGAGUGAGUCAACUUUAUCGCUCUGUUCAUCGGAAAAUCAUGAAGAUAAGAUGGUGGAAGAGAAGGAUUUUAACUAUGAGUUGAGGGAAAAUCGGAAGAAAAGCUAUAGAAUGAUAGAUCCUGAGUUUUUAGAUAGAGAAAGUGAUACUGAGUCGGAAAAAAACACAGAAAAUCGGAGAAGAAGAUGUAAGAGAAAUCACGAGCGAAUCAACAAAGUGAAUGAAAACAUAUCUGAUUUCAGAUCGCUGAAUUUGUACUCGGAUGAUUCAGAUAUUGCUAUGUGUUUACUGAUGCUAUCAAGAGAUUCAAAAUCAAACCCAAAACAACACCAAUGUGGGAUUUGUUACAAAGUGUUCAAAACUUCCCAAGCUUUAGGUAGUCAUAAAACCAUUCACAAAAACAGAAACAACUACGACGACGACGAUCAUGAAGUAGAGGAGCAACCGCGAAAAAUAUCAUCGAAGAAGAAACUAAAACUUGUUAGUAAUGUGAAUGAGAAAUUGCAUGAAUGUCCAUUUUGCGGCAAGUUUUUUCAGUCAGGUCAAGCAUUAGGUGGUCAUAAAAGAUCACAUCUUAUUGUUGUUGUGAGUUCAUCAACAAUGUCAGGUUCCUGUUCAUCAACAAGCUCAGCUAAUUUACCAAAUAGGCUCAUAGAUCUAAACAUGCCAGCACCAAUUGAAGACAAUGAAUUUCAACAAGAAUUUGCAUGAGAGGUUAAAGAAUUGUGUGUAGUCAUUUUUUGGGUUUGUUUAUUUGUGUUAGAAGUUAUGAUCUUUAGUCCCAUUUUAGCUGCUCUUGUUUUGGGGAGGUACCUGUAACUUGUAACACACAUUGCUUUGAAACUUUCACAAGCAAUCUGAAAAAUUAGUUGCAAAAUACAAACAAUUGAUACAGUACUGUGGGGUGGGGGACCAACUAUUGCAGGGGUAGUAGUAAUAAACUAGUAGUGAAACAGAAGAAAAGAAUGAAUUUUAUAUAAUAUUAUCACAAUUUUUGUGCUC